CAUUUUCAGAUAGUGCGGGACCAAAAAGUUGAGGUAGUGAAGAGAAAAGUGAAAAAACUCAAGAAGAAAACGAGUCUUGAAAGCAAUCAAAUUACAUCGAUACUCCACACUUUGCAAGCAUGAUCCACCCAAUAAGAAGCAUAACCCGUUCUUUCCCUCGAAACGGUAUCCGAAAUCCUUUCAACGCAUAUCGUUUCUAUAGCAAGUACCACCUCAAUGACCAAAUAUACAUUCACGAUAACGAAAAGGGACUUUUCAGUUUCAAUCUCACCCCAGAGCCUACAACUCUCGCUGUGGGAUGGUGUGACUCCAAACGCAACGUGACGCCCGGGAACUUCCACGUUAACGAUGAAUUCGUAUCGCUAUUACAUAAGUUUAUUGGAGAUUCGAUCCAGAAUGAUUUUGCAUUUAUAGUAGAGGCCGGAGCCAACGCUAACCUGUUCAUGCCUAUCUAUGAUUUUCGAGAAAUCCCCAGGUACGGCAGAAUCCCCGAGGUCGACAAUAUCUAUGGUUACGUGAUGGUAAAUGAAUCGGGUAAGAUUGUACCGGGAAGCUACGAAAGCAACAACUUGUAUAGAAUCUGUAAUGGUGCUGGUCUAGUCAAACUAAGUGACUACCUAUACGAGGAACUUCAAAAGAAAGUAAAGAAGUAAAGAAAAAGAAAAGAAGAGGAACAGAAGAAGAAAAUAAGUAAAUAAAAGAAAAGAGAAAAUCGUUAGCCGCUGUAAAAUAUACGAUUUGUUUUAGCCGC